ACCGAGUCCGAAGAAACGCGGUCCGCCGGCCUCACUGCCGUGUACGCGCGCGUGACUUUUGUGCGCCAAACGGAGCUGCGCCUCGCCGUACCUACGUACGUUAAGCUGCAGUCACAUACGACGAGAGCGCAACUCUAUUUCCGAAAUAUAUAAACGUUUAGGUAUUUAAUAUCAUGGCUGCAGCAUAAGAACACCGCGUGUGCCACCGAGACGACGACGAAGACGGCCACGACGAUCGCGUAAUCGGUUCACCACAAGUGAUGCCAGAUAAAGUGAUAAUUUUGAACGAAGGACCACCGUGGGGAUUCCGAAUGACUGGAGGAAAAAAUACAGGAUCUCCGUUGAAAAUAUCAAGGGUCAACAAUGCUGGAAAAGCGGCAAAAUCUGGUCUUCGAGAAGGAUUUUUAAUUGGAUCAAUAAAUUCUGCGUCUGUUGAUCAUCUUACAUCCAAUGAAGCUCAAGCAUUAAUUAGAAAUUCUGGAGAUACUUUAACCAUUGGUGUUUAUCGGCAAUCGAAGUCCAAUAUCGAAAAGAACGACCAAAAACAUGAAGCUGAAGCUAAAGCAAGUGCAGAUAUAAGUGUAAGACCAAAUUCAACCGAAGCAGAAACACCGAAUAAAAAAAGUAAAAGAGUACGAAAGCGUAGGAGGAAAAAGAAACGCGCAGACUCGCCUGAAAAAUUAAAUGGUCAAAAUCCGAGAACUGUACCAGAUAAAAUAAUUGAACCCACUCCAGAGCUGACGCAAAUAACGGAAUGUCCAAAAAUAAAAAUAAUACCAGACAAUUCAGAUUCACGAGUUGAUGAAUUAGAAUGGAUCAAACAAAAUGAAGCGAUCUUAAUAGCUGAUUUAAAAACACGUCAACAAGCUGGAUUACCAAUUCAAGUAGUAGUCAGAGUUGAAAAAAUUACACCUUCGGUACCAGAAUAUUGUCAAAUUAUUCCAGACUUUUGCUACUUAGAUGUUAUUAAAGAAGAAACAAGUGCAAGCGAUGAAGAUCCAAAAAAAGAAACUUGGGAAUGUUCCGAAAAAAUUAGAAACAAGAAUAAUUUCAAAAAAUUACCUGAAGAUUGUGGUUCAAAUGUUGAGGAAGAAAAACAUCAUGAAUUAGAAAUCAUUUCAGAGGUUAAUACAAGUGAAAUUAUCACUUCAGAAUGUCAGCUCGAAAGACUAGAGUCUCCGUCUUUAGUCAGAGAAUCGGAGAUUCUCAGAUUUGCAGAUAUCGUUACUACUGAAAACGAAUGUGUGAGUGAUUUGGAAACACUUGAACCUUUAAAACGGUUAUUAGAUGUAUAUAAUAUAGACAAUAAUGAAUGUAUUGACCGGGAAGCACGGAUUGUUUCAAACAAAAAUAAUUUAAUUAGUGGAAAUGAUAAGGACCAUUUCACUACGGAAUAUAUAAAUGUUAACAAAAGCCCAAUUCAACAUGAAAAAAUAAUAAAUAAUAGUAUAAUUGUAAAUGGUAAUGGUAAAAAAAAUCAAUUCAUAACAAAUACUUUACUCGAUAUAGAAUCAUAUGAAGAUUUAUACUUUCAAAAAUAUCCUGUUGAAAUUCAUUGUAAAGAUAAAAAAAUGAACCACUUGGAUAUUGUAAAUACAAAAACUCAACUUAUGAAUUCCUCUGCUUCAGCCGAACUUUCACGUGAAUCGAUCAUGAACAAAAAUAAUGAAUUUUCGAAGAAUGUUUUUAAUAACCAUCAAGAGAACACGGAACACGAUGUAGAAUCUUCGGACGAUAGUACUAUAAAACAAUGUAAGACAUACGACCACAAACAAAAAUCAAGUAGACAAAACAAAGUUUCCAUUAACGAUAAAUUAAAACAAAUAGCCAGAUUACUUCAGGAUGAUACCGAUGAUUACGAAGAAAUACAAUCUUCGCAAACAACUUCUAGAUGUGUUUCAAUAGGUUCUGAUGCUGACGUGGAUACCGAUUGGGUAAGUUUCACUCUCUCUGACGGCGAGUCAUCAAAGUCUUUAUGUCUAUCCCCUAGUCAGUCGAGAUCGUGUCACGCUCCGUCCACUACUUCUAAAACAUCUGAAAUUAUUGAUCUGCACAAAAAAUUUCUCAAUAGAACAAUAAGUCCAAAUGUAUCACCACGUCAAGAUAUGACACCCACAGUAGAUAUUUUAAGUUAUAACAAAUCCCAAUCACAGUCACCUUCAAAGUCGUAUAGUUCCGAAGUUUUCGACGAAGCGUGUCGAAUGUGCGGUACUAGUGACGAACCAUUAUCUGAUGCUGAAUGUCUAGUGUCUUUGCGCAAGUAUCGAGAAACACGAUCUAGAUUAUUGGAUGUAAUCCAAAAAGAGCAACAACUUAAUCGAUCAGUCAUCGAUCGACCGUCAUCAAUGCCUACAUUUAUGGACACGCUGUCGUUUCCCGACAACCACACGAGGGAACUCAUGUACGCAGAGUACAUGGAAAAAGUGAAAGAAAGAGAAAACAGACUUCAAAAUAAAGUAAUUAGAAUAACAAAGGCCAGUAGACCGUUGUCAUCAGGUACCCUACAAUCAUUAAAUGAUAUCGAUGCAGAGUUUGUAACCAAAGCCCGAGAGAGGUUGGAUAAGUUGGGCGUCGAGGCAGAUGUGCAUAUAGAAGUGAAGGAUGAAUAUUAUCCAAAGCACUUGGUGGACAUUGUGCCGGAAGAAGAAGUUUGCAUCGAAGAAGUGCACAUGAAUGGUGUCUGGUCACCAGAGCUAAAGCAUAAAUCAUUGGACUUAGAGAAUAUCUCAAGAAAAUUAGAAAAAAAACAACCACGGACCGAACUACCUCCAGUAUGGACACCCAACUCCAGUCCAACACCUGAGAGAAAGUCUUACAAGCCAGUCAGGUUCGAAUCACCAACGUUAUCACGAAAGUUAACCGAUGCGGAUACUAAAAAAGUACCUUCAAAACCACCAGUUGACUUACCUGUAUUGAGCUCUCCACUACCACCUCCUCCCCCUCCUCCAUCAUUACCAUUGAAAACGCAAGGCGAUGAAAAUGUUCAUAGCACGGACAGAAGACUUCCGAGAGUUCAAAGCCCUACCGUUACACUCCUUCAGAAAGCAAGAGAAGGACAGUUACCAAAAGGCUCUGCAUACCUCAACUCAGAAGAAUAUAGUAUGGACAAAGAAAAUAAAACUAGAGGUUCUACUGUCAAACGUAAUGUUGAAACCCAAGAAAUAAAAUAUGCAUCAAGGCGCGAAUAUGACAGUCUGCAAUCGGAUGAGAAAAAGCAAAAAAAAAUGGUCGAAAUCAGUCAAAAAAAGUAUGAAGGCAUCGGCCCGACAACCAAAGAAGGAAUUCCAAUCGUAUUAAGAUCGGAAAUCAAAGAACCAAAUCAACCAAAAUGGUACAAACAGAUGUAUGAGUCUUUACAUAAAUUUCAAUCCGAUGAUGAAGGGGUAACAGUACGAUACAAAACAUUAUCGCGAGGGCCGAAAGCCAGAAAAGGUGACGGAUAUUCAUCAGAACCGGAAAAAGGGUAUGAAUCAGAUUUUGGUGAAAACAGACUGUUUCAAAAUUUAGACGGUGAAUACACGAGAAAUGUUACCAUGAGAAGAUCAGUAUCUCCUGUAAAAUGUGGACAAGACAAAUACAAGAACCAGCCAAGACCAAUUGAAAACUAUGAGCCAGGACAUUCUUCGAUAGCCGAGAAGGAAACAAAACAGUGGUGGGACGAAGUUAUGAAUACUUUUGACGGGGAUUCAGAACAUAAAAUUCCUCCUCCUCAAAAUCGGUCAUCGUCAAAAAAAUCAAAUUUGGCUCAAGCUUUAAAAGAAUCUGGAUAUGAUAGCGAUUCUACAUUAAUAUUUAAAAGGCAAGAAAAUCAAUCGCAAUGUCUUUCACCUACUGAACAAAAAACUGCAUAUAAAGUAAUUCAAAGUGGUGGAGAAGUACCAUUCCAGGGCUUACGAAAAACUUUUCCUGAACGGCCAAAAGAUUUGGAGUUGGAGUAUUUGCCAAUCACGUCUCAUUUAACUAAAAUCCAAAUUAUGAAAUUUGAUGAUGAAGUAAUUCAUCACCCUUGGAAGGAAGUCACUUGUUACCCAGUCUUUUCAAACUUUAAGAGAACCGCCAAAUCAUCUGCUAGUUCUACUGGAUCACCUCCUACUCCUCCUCGACGAGAAUCAUCUCGUAAAAAUUCUAGACUUGAGCGAUGGACCAAAGGCGUUGACAUAGACUCUAAUGUCGAACUAAAAAUUCGUAAAUCAAAACCCGAAACAGAAAAAAGAUCAAAAAGCUCAAGUUUAAAAAGUUCCACAAAAAUGUAUACUAAUGACAUUAAGAAGGAAAAAGAUAAGUCCCCCAAAGUCACAGUUGCAGUAUCAGCUAAAGGAAAAGUGAUACCAAGGUCCAGUACUUCAUCAACAAAUUCUUCAGAAUCAUCGUUACCUAAAAAAAUAAAAUCAUUGUCAACUCCAGCUAAAAGCAUUCCUGUUUCUAAAACCACUCAGAAAACAAUUUCGAAAGAUAAGGUUCUUAAAAGUAAUUUAGUAAAAACGAAUAGCGGAAAACGGCAAAGUAAAAAAAUUGAAAUAGUCAAAACAUCAGUGAAAUCAUCAAGUUUAAAAAACGAAAAAGUUGUUAAAAAUAAUGAAAAACAAAAUCAAUUUGGAGAAGAAUUUUUUCAACAAUUACUUUUAACUGAUGAAAAGAAGAAACACAUUCCUAAAAUAAGUCCAAUCAAGAAUAAAGAAAAAUCUAAUGCAUGUCGCAAAGGUAGCAAAAUAGACAUAUAUUUAUCAAAUAAAAAGCCCGUGUCUGAAUCUAAAUUUAAAUCUUUUGAUAAAUGUCAGUCUACCGGUGUAACUGAAUGGGAUCAGUUUGGAGAUGAAAGUAUUGAUUUUUUAAAAGGCAGAAGUGUCAGUGAACCACCUUCACGGUCUCCAUCAUCUCGUCGUAUUAAAAGUUUCCAAGCACCAGUGAAAUUAAUUGAAAGUGUAACUGGUAUACGCCGAUGUCAACGAUCUAAAAGUGCUGAAGAACCUAUGGAGAGAGUGAAAAAUGCGGCAGCCGAUUAUGAAUAUCAAACCUAUGUGAGAGAGUUAAGACACUCAAGUAAGAAAUCUGAACGCUUCAAAGAGUUGCAUAAUUUUUAUUGUAGCUUGGAAAGAUUAGGAGAAUUAGAAAAAACUGCAGAAAAGGCUAGUAAUAAAGUUAGAACACGUGGAGAUUUAGUAGAUUAUGAUAAGUGGAAGACAAUUAGAGUCAAGGAAAGAGCUGAAACUGAAAUAAAAUCUUUACAUGCAAAACUUGAAGAUGUACAAAAGUCAAAAGAUGUGCUAUACAAGACAAAAGAUCCUGAAGAAAUACGUUGGAAAGGAAAUUUAGAUCGUGGCUUGAGAAAUAAAGAAACUUCGGUAAUUGAUUUGAAACGAAAAUUUCAUGCUAUAGGGAAUGAUACUUAUCGUAAACCAGAAGUGAACGUUUAUAGACCACUUUGGAGAGGAACUUCAGUACAAGAUGUAGCUGAAUCAUUAAAACAUAUUACAUCAUCAAAAAGAGGUCGUCCUGUAUCAGAAGAGAGGGAAAAAAAUUACACGUCCAUACCUAGAAGAUCGAGUUCUAGAAGUCCUUCUAAUAUUGGUUGCCGAAUAUGGAGCAGUCUUUCUAUGGAACAAUUGAAUCGACUCAAGACACAACUUAAUGAAGUCUAUAGUACAAUAUCUGAUUUGAAAGGAGAAAGGAUACCAAGAGCUAUACAGACAAAUAAAUUUAAAAAUGAUUACGAAAUUGAGGUAAAUGGCAGGGUAAAGAGAUCUGAAAUCAGUUCAUCGUUGUAUAUAAGAUCGAGUUCAAUGGGCCCAGCUAGAAAAAAAGAUAGAGAAGAAGGCCUCAGAAAAGCUGAUUCGAUUGGAUCAGUAUGUUUAAGUGAAAAUGAAAAAAAAAAAAUUUCAAAAAAUAUAAGUAAUGAAGUGUUAGAAAAAAAACAAAAAAAGCAUUCAGGAAAUGUAGUAAUACCCAAAGAAACUUUAGGAGCUGUUGCAGCUGUAAAAUGUAAAAGUAAUAUUUCUGAAAGUGUUUCUCCGAGAACUUGUUACUCCAUAGACGUAUCUGAAGAAGAGUCUAUUGCAAAAAAUUACGAAAAAAAUUAUUUAUUGGUUUUGGCUGAUAACGAAGACAAGAAAAAAAUGAUUUCUGAUUGGGCCAAUGGCACAAAUGUUAGUGAAUCCAGCUCAUCUGCUUCUACAGUUAUACACCUGGGAACAAAGAAAACAAAUUUACAUUCAUCUCAAAGUUUUUCAUCUAUGAAAUGUAUUUUUGGAGAAAGAGAAUCUAUGCGAAGAGUAUUGUCUCCAUCACCAGAUCGUUGUUACGAAUAUUCAAAAUUAAUUAAAAAUGGAGUUGUAAGAAAGCUCCGUAGGAAAUUUGAAAGCUUUGAUGAUCUUAGAUUUUUGAAUACUCCAAUAGAAUCAAAUACUUUAAAAAGGUAUAAGAGUGACCCCGAACUUAACAGGAAUAUUAUUAGAUAUCAUGAAUAUGGUGAUGUACAAAAUCUGAAAACCAAAUACGAACGGUGCAAAAGUCCAGUGCCUAAAUGUCCAUUGAGGCCAGACAAUAGACUUAUGCCCCGUAUAAAUGUAAUUAGUAAACUGGCCAGUCUUCAAGACAAGUUAACUAAAGGUGAAGUAGAAAGAAUAAGGAUUAUGUUUGAAAAUAGAAAUAGGGCAUUUAUGUUGGGUCAAUUUUAUACUUCUACUCCUGACCUGAGAGAAGCAAGGAAAAUGAUACCAUUUUUAGACUGUAAUUGGAUGGCACACAAAUAUCCGGAACCAGAACCUUUUACCAAACCAAAAACGAGACCUAAAUCUGCAUCACCAGUCAGAUACAACAGAAAACAUCAUCAUCAUUCUAUUCUGAAACAUUCAAAACAUGAUGGAUUUUUAAGCCAACCAUACAAUCCGGAAGCUCAUAAGCCAAAGUAUAGGUGGACACCAUCUUGGAAUGGUGUAUGGACCCAACAGCCAACAUUACCACCAAAACCAUCAAUCGUUAAAUUUAAAGAUUCACCGCACAAAUAUGCGGAAUCGGAGGUAACACUACAGUAUCGCCGUCCGGUUAGGAAUGAAAUUAAAGAAGAAUGGUCGGAAGAAGAAUUAGCUAACAAGCAGGCAGAAGCUAUGAGAAGGAUUUAUCAAGAGGAGAGACGGAGAAAGUACCUUCAAGAACUUCAAGACAUGUCAAAUAGGAGACACGCAGACAACUUAUUGCCCUCUCAAAAAUCUCCCAUCCCUUUAAACCGCUACGACGACUUUGUAGACGAGAGUCCACAGCCGCCAAGAAGUCGUACUCCGGAACCAAAGCUCGUAGCAAGAGCUUUAUACAAUUUUGUUGGCCAAACGUCCAGAGAACUGUCGUUCCGGAAAGGUGACAUCAUAUUCGUCCGGAAGCAGAUCGACAAGAAUUGGUACGAGGGGGAGCACAACGCCAUGGUCGGAUUGUUCCCUUUCAACUAUGUCGAGGUAAUUCCGUACGAUGGCAUCAGAACAACGCCGCACAGACCUUACGAGGGCCAGGCAAGGGCAAAAUUCAAUUUUGUGGCACAAACCAAUAUGGAAUUGUCGUUAGUCAAAGGGGAACUGGUUGUUCUGACUAGGCGUGUUGACAACAAUUGGUACGAAGGCAGAAUCGGAAGCAAAAAAGGAAUAUUCCCUAUAUCUUACGUCACAGUCUUAGUGGAACCAGGCGAUCAUCCGAACUCGUCGACAAGCGAAUCGUUCAAGCCCGUGGCGUCCCCGGCAUCUCAUUCUCUCAUUACCAGUAAUCCGCCGAAGACGCAGCACAUGUAUCAGCCGGAUAGCUAUUCUUCUAUGCCGACAAGAAGUUCCGGGACCCAAACGAAGAAACAAACAAAUAACAUGAACGAAACUCUACACGUUGACGUACAUUCAGAACCCAUGCCUUAUAGGGCGUUAUACAAUUAUAAGCCACAGAACAGUGACGAAUUGGAACUUAGAGAAGGCGACGUAGUGUUCGUGAUGGAAAAAUGUGACGACGGGUGGUACGUGGGAUCGAGUAAGCGGACAGGAUGCUUCGGAACUUUUCCUGGCAAUUAUGUCCAACGCAGUAUCUGAUCUGUUCACGGAAAAACAAAACAAUUUUUCUAAAAAAUCAUCAUUGCGUCUCCUCGUCCUCCUCUCCGUGUCCCCGGAUUCUUACUUGUCUCUCUAAGUAAUACAUAUUUUAUAUACCAAAGGAUUUUGCAUUAACUAUAAGUUGUUUUUUUUUUUUGGUUAUAGUUUUAAACGUUCACUGUUAUCAUAUAAUACGUAUUAUGUGUAAUGUACAUUUCAUCUGUAAUUAGAUAUUGUGUUAUAAUCGAAUAACAUUAUAAUUUAUAUUACUACUAUUAUUACUAUUAUUAUUAUUAUUAUUAUUAUUAUUACGAUUAUAAUUAUUGUAAAUUAAAAACACUAGUCAAUCAAUAUCACUAUUAGAGAUACAAUAUAAUAUAAUAUACCUACUCCAUUCAAUAUACUAUUGGUAUAGAACACUAUAAUAUAAUAUAAUAUAUUAUACUCCAAUGGAGUUGUUAAUAUUUGUACAAUAAUAAUAUACUAUAAUAUUAUACUUUUAUGCAUAUUGAACGUACCUACGUCAUUUCUGAUUGAUCGGCGUUACACGUAUGUAAACCUAAGCUGCUUUGUUUUUCUAAGAAUCUUAUCCCCUCAGAACGAAACCAGAAUUUAUUAUUAUUAUGAUAUUUUAUUGACGUGUAUUGAUUUUAUUUUUUUUAAUUCGCCUACGGGAGACUGGAAACAAGCUUUAAUUCUAAACUAAUGCAGUAUUUAAGAUUUCCUUCAAGCUAGGUAUAUUGAUUUAUCGUCGUCUUUAUUGUCGAUAAACAUUAAUACCGUUUAAACAAUUAUGCAUACACGGGUAAUAUCACUAUUAUACAUUCGAAUUAAAUAUAUUUUAUACUCAUUGCUAUACACGCACCUACACAUUUACACACUCAUUCAUACACAUUAGACAUUGCAUUUUUUUUUCUGGGGAGGAGUCCAAAGUAAAGUGGCCCACACACCAAUUACUACUUACGUGGUCCACGGAUGGACGACAUACUAUAAAUCCAUUUGAGGGGCCAAGCCCCUAAAAGCCUCUCUCCCGUUUUUAUGAUGCCCAUGCAACACACACGCUUGCAUACGACAUACCUAUAUAUAAAUAAAUACUAAUUGUUUUAAUAUAAUAUGAUCAUAUUUUUUAUUAUUUGUAUUCUCGUAACACCAAGUGUUCCUUAAUUAAUAGGCGUACUAUUAUACGGAUAGAUUGGCGAAACAUCUAACCAUCCAAUGUUAUGUCGAUAGACCACAA